UCUCUACCCAAUCCCAACUGAAGGCCCAGAUACAACAAUGGCCCACAUGUAAAAUCUCACACUUCAACUGAACAGAGGAAACCUUGCAACUCUUGAACAAUGGCAUCCACCAAAAAAUCGAAGAACGAAGAGGACAAGAAGAAAAAGAGGAUCAAAGUAGUAGCGAGCACAAAAUCACCAAAACAAGAGAAAAAUAAGGACAAAAAGAAGAAGAAGAAGCAAAAUAACACUGCCAAUGGCACAACAAGAAGAAGCGAAUCUCUCGAUGUGAUGGUAAUAUCGUCGUCAAGUUGCGGCUCGCAAGAAUCAGAAGAAGAAACUGUUAAGAGAAGCGAAACAAAGAAACGAAGCAUUACAAGUACCAAUAGGACCAAGAAAAGCAACAGCAAGAGGAAAGAACAGGCAGAAGAGGAUAAUGAGGAAGGAGAAGCUGAGAUUACGUUUAGGUUUCCAAUGGCUAGAAUUAAGAGGAUAAUUACGCGUGAAGAAUCUGGAUUGCAACUUAAUCAAGAUGUGGUUUUCCUUGUCAAUAAAGCCACGGAGAAGUUCAUUCAACAAUUUUGUGAGGAAGGAUAUGAUUGUUCAGUUCGGGAUAGAAAGAAAUCUCUAGGCUACAAGCACCUAUCAUCAGUUGUUCGUGAACAGAGAAGAUUUGACUUUCUUUCAGAUUUCGUUCCUGACAAACUAAAUGCUCAGGAUGCCUUGGCACAAAUGAAGUUGUUGGAGACUAGGCAAGGAUAGGACCUUGGUAGCACACUAGCAGAGAAUAUAAUCUGUACACUUACUCAACUUGUUUGGUAAAUCAUGCUUAUUUCAUCAGCCUGGUUUUUGUUUUAGUUGGCUGUAUGUUGUAGACUUGAAAGGCAAUAUAUCCUUACAACUUAGGUCGGAUAUUCAUGUUCAUUUGUUCAUUUUAGGCUGUUCAUUUUUCAAUUGACAUAUAUAUUUCGUCAACGAAAACAAUUUCUUGCUGUAAACCAGAUUCGAAAAUCAUGCUAGGGUUAUCUUUCUUCCAACCAGUAGUGUUUUUUAUCUCGAGAAAUUGUUCCCUGUGAUUUGAAUUGGAUUCAUUUGUAACAUCUUUUUGUUCAGACGAGGAACAGUACAUCAGUUGAUCCUGUAAACUCAAUUUUGACUGGAAAUGGAUUUCUUUUCAUGUUGGGUUCA